CCCAAAUCGAUCGAACAUGGUCAAGACGUUGGCAACAUUGCUGAACCUGCUCUGUGCCCUGGUGCUCGCCAGCGCCAUGGGGCUGGAUGUGGAGUUGCCACAGGAAUAUCACAUCGAACCGAAGGAAUAUCAACAACUGAUGAAGCUGCAGUCUCUGGGCGUCGAUUUCGUACGAUACUUUCAAAACAUAACGAUGCAGGACUUGGAUAUACCCAGCACACGUCUGCCGAGCACGGAGGAUCUGCAGUGCAUGGCCGAUAUGAGUCUGUGGAUGAAGGGUCUAACCUCGGGCAGCUAUUGGUCUCUGAAAAUGAUCGAUGCGUGGGGCUCUAUUCCGUCGGGCAUACUGUACCUCAAUCUGGUCGAUAUCGGCAACUAUGGGGAGUGCAUCAAGAUUAGCCAGGAUGCCAUUAGGGGCAAAUACUGUCUUGCGGAGUUGCCCUUUCUCAGUUUACUGGGCGUCGAUUCGCCGAUCAUGCGGAGCAGCAAGCUCAAGAUUGGCAUUUGCUUUCCCUCCUCGUGUACGGCGGCACACAUGGACACGUUCCUGAACCAGGUUGUCCAGCAGGCUCUCGGCGUGACAAACACCGUGCAGCUGGUGAAUGAGAACACUUGCCGCACCGACGAACGUGAACCUCUCGAUGGUCUGACCAUAUUGGCAAUUGUGCUCCUCUCCAUAUUUGCUGGACUCGCACUUCUUGCCACCUUAUAUGAUUAUUUUCUGUGCCACGAUCAAACUCGUUUGCCGUCCGUGAUAAGGGUCUUCUCGAUACGCGCCACAUCCCGUGCCCUGUUCCGCAUCACCCAGCCCAAAUCCAAUCCGAAUGUCAUCGAUUGCCUGCAUGGCAUGCGCUGCAUGUCCCUCAUAUGGGUGGUCUUUGGACACGAGUACAUGUUCGGCAUGGUUGCUCCCAAUAUCAACCACGGCAGUCUGAUCCAUUGGAUCGAGAGACCUUUCGCCCGUCUCAUCAUACAAGCCGUAUUCGCCGUGGACACCUUCUUCUUCCUGAGCGGCCUGCUGGUGGUAAUGAUUGCGCUGCGCUCCAUGGAGAGAACAAAGGGCUGGCUGAAUGUCCCACUGAUGUAUCUGCAUCGCUAUCUGCGGCUCACCCCUCUCCUGGCCAUGGCCAUACUGGUCUACAUGACGAUGAUACCGGUGCUGGUCGAUGGUCCGCUGAAUAAGGGCUUCGACGAUUACAGCAAAUGCUCACGCACCUGGUACUUGACGCUGCUCUAUGUGCAGAACUAUGCCACCGAUGAUAUUUGUCUCAGCCAUAGCUGGUACCUCAGCGUGGACAUGCAGAUGUAUCUACUCUCCCCCAUACUGCUCUUUGCGCUCUACAAAUGGGGCAAAAAGGCGGCCAUUGGCGCUGUGGUGCUCAUAGUCCUGUUAACCGUUUGGCUGUUUACCGUCAUGAUGGUCAAGAAUAUUUCCAUGUUCGCCAAAAACGCUGGAAAUGGUCCAGAUGGUCGAAUGCUCUAUUUCGGCACUCACAUGCACGGCACACCUUGGCUAAUUGGCGGCGUUUUCGGCUAUUACCUGCACGCGAAUCGUGGCAAAUCCUUCAAGCUGAGCCGAGUCGCCGUCUGGACCGGCUGGAUAGCCGCCCUUGCCAUAUUGUUUCUGUGCGAAUUUGUGCUGCUGCCAUAUGUUGAGUGGACCGGUCCGGAUCUGUCGCAGCUGAGCGAUGCCCUCUACUAUUCGCUAACCCGCAUCGCCUGGCCGAUCGGCCUCUGCUGGGUGGUCUUUGCCUGCAUGCAGGGCUAUGGGGGCAUGGCCAACAGCUUCCUCUCCAGCCCGCUGUGGCAGCCCCUGUCGAAGCUCUCCUACUCGGCCUACGUGUGGCACAUUAUGAUACAGGAAAUAAAUGGCCGACGUACCCAGACCAGCACAUAUUUCUCCAACUACGAAAUGAUGCUGAAAUUCUGGGCGGACUUUGGCUUCACCGUGCUGACCGCCUACUUCAUGUACAUCAUCAUUGAGGCGCCGCUGGGCGGCCUGGAGAGCUUGAUGCUGCCCGUUCGCCGGCCCAGCCCAAAGGCAGCAAUCUCCGCCGAGUCCAAGCAGGCGGCAAUCGUGGAACCAGCUCCACAGCUCAACGAGAAGGCGCCCAUCCCACAGCUGGCGUCCGAUCUGGAAGCGGGCCCUGCUGUCUCGACGAGUGCUCCACCUGCGAGCACAUAAAGUGU